AACAUUACGUGUAGGGCCAGAGGAGGGAGGGCGGAACUGGGCUUUAGGGAUUUUAUCUACAUACUGUGCUCGGUUCUACCCGGGGAUGCUAACGGAAUCACGACUACAAUCAUGCGUUCAUCAACAGACGAAAAAUAAACAUUGUAACGGUGUUAUUCCGUUUAUAAUAGUAAUAUUUUAUGAAAUACCGUGCAGAAUAAGCAGCAACAUUUGACAUUUUGGGAGACUGGACCUACACAGCAGACAACCACCAUGGCAGACAGUUUUAUGGGCAAGGCAGCUACCAUGGAGAUUCCUAUCAACAGCAAUGGAGAGACCCUGGCCGAGGAUGACAGUUUGGAGCAGGCUGCAAAGAUUCAGUGGACCUUAGAUGAGAAGGACCUGCAGCAGGUGAUGGUGUCUGGUCCCAACCUGAAUGAGACCAGCGUCGUGUCUGGAGGCUACGGAGGACCUGCAGGGGGCAUCAUACCCACCUCCUCCAUCAAAGGCCCUGCUAUCCGUUUCAACCCUCAGUAUGUGGACAGGAGAAGCCCCCCUGCCCCUAACUGUGUCCCUGGAGCCGAAUCUCAGCCCACAGACCUGCGAAUGAAGUCCAGGGGACAGGGUGUAGGUCUGGUCUCCAGCCAGUCAGCAGCCAGAAUGAUAACCAACCAGAACCAGACCGACCAGCCGUUCACAGGGUCGGGGAUGCACCACAGUAACAGCAACCAGAACAUGUCAGUGGAGGAGGCUAACCGUGGUGUGGCUGUGGAGAAACUAGACAGCGUUAAGAAGUGGGGCAUCAACACCUACAAGUGUACCAAGCAGAUGUUCUCGGAGCGGUUCGGCCGUGGUUCUCGGACAGUGGACCUGGAGCUGGAGGCCCAGAUAGAUGUGCUCAGGGACACCAAGAGGAAGUACGAGUCUGUCCUGAGACUGACCACCGCCCUGACCAGCCACUUCUACAACAUGGUCCAGACCCAGCAGGCCUUGGGGGACACCUUCGCAGACCUCAGCCAGAAAUCACCUGAACUUCGGGAUGAGUUUGGCUACAAUGCGGAGACCCAGAAGUUGUUGUGUAGGAACGGGGAGGCUUUGCUUGGUGCCAUCAACUUCUUUGUGUCCAGCAUCAAUACACUGGUCAACAAGACCAUGGAGGACACACUGAUGACCAUCAAACUGUACGAGGCUGCAAGGCUGGAGUUUGAUGUGUUCCAUGCAGACCUGGCAGAGGUGAAACUGUGUUUGAGUGUUCAAGGGUGUUAUACGGGUGUUUUAUUGACUUCGGUGGUAUACUGUGUAUACCGGGAUAUUUGGAAAAAGCCACAGGAAGGUUUUUCAAUACUGUCAAAACAAUUUAUUUUAAGUUUUUCAAUAGAUUUGAAUAUUUCAAGCUACUUUUUAAGUUAAUACCUGCAGUCAACUUGUGCAAUAUGUUAGGAGAUGAAGCAGAUUGUGUUCUUCAUUUUACCUGUAAAAUUAUUUUACAUGACUUAUUUUAUUAUUAUAUAUUUUUUUAUUUCACCUUUAUUUAACCAGGUAGGCCAGUUGAGAACAAGGCCAAGAUAAAGCAAAGCAGUGCUACAAAAACAACAACACAGUGUUACAUAUAAACAAACGUACAGUCAAUAACACAAUAGAAAAAUCUGUAUACAGUGUGUGCAAAUUAAGUAAGGAGGUAAGGCAUUAAAUAGGUCAUAGUGGCAAAGUAAUUACAAUUUAGCCAUUACAAGAGUGAUAGAUGUGCAGAUAAGGAUGUACAAGUAGAGAUACAGGUGUGCAAAAGAGCAGAAAAACAAAUAUGGGGAUGAGGUAGGUAGUUGGUUGGAUGGGCUAUUUACAGAUGGGCUGUAUACAGCUGCAGCGUUCGGAACUUACAUACUGUAGUUCCCCAGUUCAUUCAGUCACGUGUUUGUUUGUAAAUAGCACAGUGGGAGACAGCGGGGGCUGGGGAGUUCAUAGAGUUCUAUAUCUAUCGGGGAGUCUCUGUUGUGCGGUGCACAGGAGGUGAUAAAGUUACUCUUGUAUGCAAUUCACUACUAAAUCUUUGCCAUCAGAUAUCUUAUAUCGGCUUUCUGCCGUAUUUGAGAAGUCAACUCAUCCAGAGCUCUUUAUCUGUACAUCUGUUCCCUGUGCUUCCUACUAGCGGUCGGUUUUUUUUCUCCUCUGUUCAUCUCCCCUCUGCUUUGUGUACACAUGCUGCUCUUCCUUGAGUAAAGCAUGCAUUACUUUGUUUAGUUGCACAAUUUCUUUCAUUCACUUUUGCUUGUAAAUGUCCACACUCACUGAAAAGGACAUUUGGUAGCUACUAGCUAUGCUUUUAUACGUUUUUGAGCUGGAUUUGCCUGUCUUUGCAAUUGAGUUUGUUUAUUUUCGCACGUUAGCAUUUAGCUAACAGUGUCUAUGUGAUUUUGUUAUUACGUGUGCUAAUGUUGUUAGCUUUCUGGUACUAGACCCCCAAUAGGCUUUAUUUGCGUUUUUUGCUCCGCUUUGUGUGCUAUGCCGGUAAACCAUAAAUCCCGGGAUAGCAGAAGAACGAACGGUAUGACGUAUAAAAAUGUGGAUACCUCCCAAGCCUUUUUUUUUUUUUAUGCUGCCUCUUCUCCCCUCUUUCU